AUGGAGUCUCUCGUUGUGACUCUGGCUUCCUGUGCUGGCGUCGUCUUAUUGUUGCAAUACAACUGCGCUACAGUUCCCGUGGCAGCUGGAUGCGGCGUCGCCUUCUAUGUUCUGGGAACAAUCGUACGCAAGAUUGGAUGGGCGCUGAUAUAUCCUUUCUACUUCUCUAAAUUGCGAAAUGUCCCAGGGCCAGAGGAUAACCAAUUUCUCGUCGGUCAAGCUAUCCGCUUGCUGAAAGCCGCCGGUCCAAACGACUUGUUUCUCGAGUGGGUGCGCAAAUGGCCCGACGCGCCCUUCAUUCGGUACCUUAGCUUCGGCAACUCAGAAGUUCUUCUAGUAAAUAGCCUAGAAGCAGCUCGUGAGGUGCUUCAGGUAUAUGCAUAUUCGUUUGUGAAGCCGAGCUUCCAGGAGAAGCUAGUGGGCGAGAUGAUGGGCACUGGGCUCUUGUUUGGGGUAGGGGAGGCGCAUAGGCAGCUGAGAAGGAUCAUGGUUGGACCCCUUUCGAAGCCCAACGUGCGAAAAAUGCUGCCAAUCUUCCAGGACAAAGCCAAGGAACUAUCUGACAUACUUGACAAGGCGAUAGAAGGGGAGGACAGGGGAGUAGUUGAAGUUGAAUCUUUAUUCAAUCGAACAGCCUUCAAAGUCAUCAGCACCGCGCUCCUCGGAAGGGAUAUCACCAACUUUAGGUCCAAAAGCUCGCAACUCACUUUUGAACAAAGCUACAAGGGAAUCCUCGACCCGCCGUUUCUGGGGAAACUCAUCAUGUUUAUCAAUCCGUUUAUUCCGCUGCGAUGGCUCCCUGUUGAGGCGAAUCUCGCCUUCAUCCGGGCUAAUACUUCCAUGAGGACGAUGCUGGCUGAGCUCAUCCAAGAGCGCGUGCAACAGAUGCGACUUCAGCAGAGCGAUGAAAAGCCGGAGAAGAAGGAUUUUCUCACGAAUAUGAUUGAGGCGAACUUUUCUGAGGGAAAGGGAGUCUCGGAGCAAGUACUGAUUGAUACGGUCGUCCAAUGCAUCUCUGCUGGCCACGAAACCACAGCAGGGACUCUCACCUGGAUCACAUACGCACUCAUCAGGUAUCCAGAAAUCCAGAAGCGACUUCGCCAAGAGAUCGUUUCAGCCCAACAGAAGCAACCGGAGCUCAGUGCUGCAGCCAUCGACAGUAUCCCCUACCUCAACAACGUCGUAAGUGAGAGUCUACGACUCUAUUCGCCGGCCCUCUCCGCCCCAUGGGAAACCGGCGAAGACGUUGUAAUUGCAGGCGUCGCCAUCCCUAAAGGAACCACCGUCACAACGAUUACCGCCAUGAUUCACUACAACCCGUCCAUCUGGGGAGAAGAUGUCAAUGUCUUCAACCCAGAUCGAUGGGACGCAGUGACUGGAGCCGUGGCGAAUCCGUUUGCUAUCGAGGCUUUCAUCAACGGCCCGAGAACGUGUCCCGGAAGAGCAUUGGCCCUGCUGGAGAUUAAGACGAUCAUUGUCGAGUUGCUCAGUCAUUUCUCCCUGGAAGCUGUAAAUGGCGCGGACGUGGACGCUCUCAUUGCUCCAAUCGGCAUCUGCGAUGGCGAGAAGCCCCUCUGCGGCAAUUGCCAGGCCCAUCGGUUUGUCUGUCACUACGAAGUAGCUCGACCUGCGCGGCGGCAGAAAUACUGGGACCGUGACUAUGUGCAAGCCCUUGAGGACCAGGUCCGGAUGCUGUCUGCAUCCCUGGACCAGUCCAAGGAUACAGGCCCUUUGGAAUCGUCGCGUCGAGUCCGUCAGUUGUCGCCUUCAGAGGCAGCAAACCGUCUGCCUUAUGGGCCAAAGACGCUCAAAGCGCUACACGACUUCAGCUCUAUGAAAUGGGCCUCCCUCCUUGGCCAGGACGGCGCACCGCUUCUCGCUGGCCCAGGCCGAUUCUCCAUCUUCUCGAGGACGCAGCUGCCCACGUUUGAAAACGAGUCCCAGCCGUCGCCGGCACCGAAACCGAUCCCAUCGACUGAGACGUUCUUGCUAGAGAUUGAAGCCAAUUUGAGCCUGAAGCAACAUUUAAAGGCACACUUCCUCGAGAAUCUAAAUCCUUUCUACAAGUUUGUCGACCCCAUCUGGCUCAACUUCUCUGACCUAUUCCCCCACAACGACACAGCGUUGCAACUGCUCUACAGCGCUCUCUUUGGCGCUGCAGCACAUUCGUCGCCCAUGGCCAGCAAAGAGAUGGCGGAAACAUUCAUUUCAUACGCAGAGAGCCUCGUUCAAAAGUGCUAUCUAGAGCACUUGUGCCUCCCUGUGCUGCAAGCUCUGGUCAUUCUUGCUUGGUACAAGCAUAUGCAGCUGGAUUCUGCCAAAGGUCAUCUAUACCACUACAUGGCCAUUGGUCUAUCCAACCAUCUAAAAAUAGGAGACGCGACACAGCGAGAGCACACAGCCAAUGAAAUUGCCACCAUCAGAACGUUUUGGUCGCUAUAUUUCUUGGACAGAGUCGCAACCCCCAAACUGGGAUGCCCAUCGGGGAUUCCGUGGGACGUUGACUACAUCACUCCUUAUAUCGACACUGUACCGGCGGAUGCUGUUGACAUGGCUGCUCUUACCUUUGACCAUCAAUGUCGCCUAUAUCACAUCCAGCAAAAAUAUAUCGACAUCAUGUACACCUCGAGUUUUGACAGCGCUUCAUCCGCAGAGAAGCAAGCCAUGUAUGCCAAAGCAAACAAUGAGAUGCUAGAGUUUCGGAAGCGAAUUGAUAAACGCCUCUACAUUAGUCGCAGUAAGAAACCGGACAGGGUCCAAGUUGUCUUCUGGAUUUCCUACCACUCCGUCUUGACCAAUCUCCAGCGCCCGUUCCUCAACCCCUUCGACCCCGGCAUGGUUCAAAACGUCCCGGCCGUCUUCCGAUCUGCUACUGCCUCGGCCAUGGCGAUUUCUCGGCUCCUAAGGGCAUUGCAGUCGACAGAUGAAGUCAAGUAUCUGCCUCCGUUUAUCGUACAGCACAUACUGCGAUGCGCUCUAGUACAUGGUCUCGGUCUCUUAGCUGUCGAAGAAUCAGGUGGCCAGCGAGUAUCGUCUGGGAAUUUCUGGUUUUGCUUCCGAAUGCUAGGGGAGCUGAGCAUGGUGUGGAAGGAGCUCAGCGAAGGCACGACGCCAUUUGCGCUCAUGGCCGCGAGGAACUGGGGGUUCAAAGGGGAUGCUUUACCUGGAAUCGAGGAGGCAGACAGUGAAAAAUACAAUGGAGACGAUGGAUACAGUGGCAUUGAGGAUUACGGAAUGGGACUGGGCAUGAGUGAUGAUUUCUUUGGAGUUAUGGGAACGGGUUUUGGGUUAUAG